AUGCAAUGGAAGUCUUGGAAGGUCAUGCCUGACGAGAUCAAGAUGCAAGUUCGCGGCCAGUUGUCGACGAACUACGACUUAGAGGACAUCAACGAGGAGACCUUGGCGUACGUCAACAGACUCUUCGGUGAGAGGUACAAGCAGUGGAAGAGCGACUUGCACCACCAUUUUCAGGUGUUUGAUGAUCCGCAAGUCGCUCUUCAGGAGGGUUGCCCGAAGGAGCUUGAGGGGCGGGAGGAUAGUUGGGCGUGGCUCUGCGCUCAUUUUCAGGCGCCCGAUUAUGUGAAUAAAGCCCAAGUGAAUAAGGGCAAUAGGAAGAAGAAGAUUCUUCUUCACCAUUCCGGCUCCAGGCCCUUCUCAUAUAGGAUGGAUGCACGGCGUCGGGGGGGGUCGAAAUUCCCAGAGAUCGACGUCUUUGGUGACGUUUAUGUUCGACCUGGGAAUGAGUUGGCCGAGUCCCUUCAUACGACGAUGGUGGAGAGGAGCCAGUUGGUUCUUCAAGAGUCCGCCUCCCAACUUCCUCCCGAGACUCCGAUCGAGUCUGUGGAUCCUCCGCAUGAUGCUGGAUUUCAGAUUUUGACGCAGACGUUGGAUCAGACUCUCGGGAGGAGGCCGGGAACGUAUUGUAGGGGGAUGGGGAAUGCCCGACAGAGGGAACCUCGACCGCGGUCAUCGUCGCAGGCAAACAGUCAGGUGACUGUUUUGACAUCGCGGGUUGCCAAGCUUGAGGGUCAGAUGUCGGUGAUUCUGCAGUCCCUCGCGCGGUCCGGCAUUCCAAUCCCGAAUUUUGGUGUGUCGACCUCCGAGCCCGUCCACCCCGAGCAUCCCCAGCACACCCCGGCCCCUGCAGACACCCAUACCUCCGAGCCGCAUGUGGCAGAUGACCAAGUAGAUUUUGGAACAUUAUUUGAUUAG